CUCAGCUGUUCCUUCCUUUGACCAACGUCUGUCAAAGGCUUUUGCUUCUCUUGACUCAACUCAGCGUUGUCGCUCUGUUUACUUUAAUUCAUUCCACUGCCCGCCGAUCAUCCAUUUACUGCCCCAAAGGUGAGAGCUUUUGGCAAUCCCCCGUCACCAUUUCACUUGGGUCGUGUCGGGCUCCCGGCUACGAUGCUUGGGGAUCUCUGCCUGUGCCCCUGUUUCGGGUCAGGCGGCGGCUCUGUUAGUAAUGGCGACGAGCCCGGCAAAGGGGAGGCUUCUGACCGCAACCCAGUGCUGCUCGUGUCGGGUAUGGGAGGCUCCAUCAUCCACUCCAAGAGUAAGAAGCUCGGGUUUCAGACCCGGGUUUGGGUUCGAAUCCUCCUAGCUGACCUCGAAUUCAAGAAGAAGCUCUGGUCCCUCUACAAUCCCGAAACGGGUCCCUCUCUCUAUCUCUCCCCUACAUUUGGAGGAAACUCUUUAUCCUGCUUAUCUGAUGCGUAAAGCCUUUUGUUCUUGUUUGGUAGCUCAGGCUAUACUGAAUCCUUGGAAGAUGAUUCUGAGAUUGUGGUUCCUGAUGAUGAUUUUGGGCUCUACGCAAUUGAUAUCCUAGACCCAUCGUUGGUGAGAUGAAAGUUUUCCUUUUCUCUCAGCGGAUAAUCCUACUUUGCAUCCGAGAAUGUUUAUACUGCAUACUCGUUGCAAAUGAUGAAUUCCGUUUAUUGUUUGUAAAAAUAAUGCAUCUGAAAGAAGUUUACCAUUUUCACGAUAUGAUUGAUAUGCUGCUCGGAAUUGGGUAUAAGAAGGGCACCACGCUAUUUGGUUACGGUUACGAUUUUCGGCAAAGCAAUAGAAUGGAUAAACUGAUGGAAGGUCUCAAACUGAAGUUAGAAACAGCUUCCAAAGCUUCUGGUGGUAGAAAGGUCGAUAUAAUCUCUCACUCGAUGGGCGGACUUCUUAUCUCGUGUUUUCUCUCACUUCAUAACGAUGUGUUUUCCAAGUACGUUAGCAAGUGGAUUUGUAUUGCAUGCCCUUUCCAAGGAGCACCUGGGUGCAUCAACGACUCACUCCUGACUGGACUACAGUUUGUAGAGGGAUUUGAAAGCUACUUUUUUGUCUCUAGGUGGUCCAUGCAUCAGCUUCUGGUCGAGUGCCCGUCAAUAUAUGAAAUGUUGGGUAAUCCUGAUUUUAAGUGGGCUAAACCUCCAGAGAUUCAAGUUUGGCAGAAGUCUUCUGCAGAUGGAAACGAUUCCGUGAAUUUGGAGACAUAUGGUCCCCUUGAAUGUGUCUCUGUGUUUGAAGCAGCAUUGAGGAAUAACGAGUUAAGUUACAAUGGAAGAACGAUAUCUUUGCCAUUCAACUCUUCCAUUCUCAAGUGGGCUGCUGAAACUCGCCGAAUUAUCAACAAUGCUGAACUUCCAAGUGGAGUUAGCUUCUACAAUGUUUAUGGGACUUCAUUUGACACACCUUUCGAUGUUUGCUAUGGUUCUGGGACAUCUCCAAUCGAGGACUUGUCUAGCAUAUGCCACUCAAUGCCUAAAUAUUCGUAUGUAGAUGGAGAUGGGACUGUUCCUGCUGAAUCAGCUCGGGCAGAUGGAUUCACAGCCGUGGAGCGGGUUGGGGUUGCCGCCAGACACCGGGAACUGCUGCGUGACAAGACUGUGUUCAGGCUGAUCCAGAAAUGGCUGGGGGUUGAACAGGGGACAAGCAAGCACCGCAGUAAGACAUCAAGAGUGAUGCAUUCCUCUUAGCGAAAGAUUCGAGGUCUGCUCUACCUGAGAGUGAGCUUGACAGUGUCUCUUGCUUGUAAUUAUCAUAGGCUAAACCGAUCGGUACUGGGUCAACAGUUGUACAUUUUCUUCUGUUUGCUUGCGAAUUGUUCGCAUGAUGCAAUUGGAGGGCCAAAAGUUCAGUUAUGCCCUGUUCCUCGAGUCCUGAUUUUGCGCGGAAUCAAUAUCCAACAAAAGCAAUGUCCGAUAUGGUUGGUCUGUUCCAAUUA